AUGCCUAUCCAUACAUCCACUACCGAGAUCUCUCGGGCAAUUGAUAGAACCUUCGACGUCGACUCGUUCCCACCUGCUGAAAAUGUUGAUGAAGAGAGGUUUUUCCUCACCAAUCCUAGACCUGAAUACCUAGACGAUCUUAUAAAACAAGCCAAUGACUUUAUCCAGCUGCAAUUCGCUGAGGGUCGGGAACGAAUAGUUUUGGUGACUUCCGGUGGUACCACAGUCCCCUUGGAAAACAACACUGUGAGAUUCAUCGAUAAUUUUUCGGCAGGAACGAGAGGAGCGUCCAGUGCAGAACAGUUUUUAUAUCAAGGUUACUCUGUAAUUUUCCUGCAUCGAGAGUUUUCCUUGACGCCGUUCAAUCGCAACUUCACACAUAACAGCGAUGUCUGUUUUCUGGACUAUUUUGACGAAAAUGGCGAGGUUCACCCAGCUCACAAGGUCAAGCUUUUGCAUAACAAAAUGCUCUUUGAGAAGUAUUUGUACAAAGAGCAGAGGCUGAUUCUGCUGCCCUUUACAACAGUCAACCAAUAUCUGUGGUCUUUGAAAGCAGUGGGAAAACUGCUGAACAGUAGCGGGAGCUUGUUUUACCUAGCGGCCGCGGUAAGCGACUUUUUUGUCCCUCACUCAAGGAUGCCAGAGCAUAAAAUACAAUCUCAGGAGACAAGCCGAGCUUUAACACCCGAAAAUCUCAAGCAUCCAAGGCCGGUGGAUGGAAAGCUGAUCAUCGACUUGGAUCCCGUCCCAAAGUUUCUCAGAAGGCUAGUCGCAUCAUGGGCAACGGAGGCUAUGAUAGUGUCGUUCAAACUCGAAACUGACGAGAGUCUUUUGAUAACCAAGGCCACACAAGCACUCGACCGCUACCAUCAUCAGCUAGUGAUAGGAAAUCUACUUCAGACAAGAAAUAAGGAAGUUGUCUUUGUGUCGGAGCAAAAUCGUGAAGGUGAAUGGGUCAGACUCAACAAAACCGCCAAAAUCGUCGAGGAAAUGAUCAUACCAGAGGUAAUUAAACAUCACAAUGACUGGAUCGAACAACAGUAA